AUGGACUCGAAUCGUUCGCCCCGUGUUCUUGAAAACACAAGUUUUACGCGUCUGCGCAGUCCAAAUGUCGUAAACCUGAGUUCUCAACGAACAACCACCUUGGAAACUCCUCAAAGUGACGCAAGUGACUACUACCACAACAAAAGGGACACCCCCAAAAUUUUGAGAACUAGAAACCUCGAUUCUCCUUUACUCUUACACCGACAAGAUAUUGAACUGAAUAACCUUUCGCCCAUUGUUCUUCAUAAAGUCCAACAGUUAUCGUUUUUUUCUACGUGCCUUUCUGCUUGUCAGGAUGAGGAAGAGCCCGACGACAAUUACACUGAUGAUGAAUAUGACGACGAAAACAUUCCGCCCCCUGGAUACGAUUCAGCGAAACCUUCUUUUGAUCCUCGUCUGAAAUCCAAAGAUCGUGAACCACUUGCAGAAUUGGAUUUGGAAUUUUACAAAAAUUCCCAUCAAUGCCUCGUACCUCCGAAUCAACUAAGAGCGAAGAAAAUUUACAGAUUAACGCCUGAUGAUCCAACAAAACCUAACGAUUCAGAAAUCAAAGAGAGGCCAAUUCCAUUUGCCAUCUUCUCUACACCUAUCGAAUCAACUACUAAAGAAAGCUACAAGACGGAAAAAAUUAAAAGGAAGAUACGGACUCCAGGAUCCAGUAAAUCACAAUCCGCCAGGUCAGAAUUUGCAAAGUCAGAACCUGUUAAGAUACAAAAUUCCCCAUUUCUUGUCUGGGAAGAUCCUGAUCUCAGAGACGAUGAUAACGAUGAUGAGCAUGACAGCCAAGAAGAAUUUAAAGUACAAGAUCAUGGCAAAAAAAUGGAAAUAUAUGAUUCGCCAUUUGUUCGUCGACUUCGAUCAGUUAUUUUUGAAGGAGACGAUGAUGACGAGGAAGAUGCAAAUUCAGACAAUUCGAUCUCACAUUUAAUCGACCAAUCCACGCCAACUCAUUCUUCAAACAAUCAAAAAAGCCCACUUGCUUCUCUCACGCCUAUUGCUGCAAAGAGCAUCUUUUGGAAUGAAGAUUUAUAA